UAGCUAUUAUGCAAUGGCCACUGAUCUGUGACAGAACUUUUAUGAAGACAAACUUUGUUUUAGUUUUCAUAUUAAACUAAAUUGCUAGUCGGGAUAGGGACCACAAUAUAAAAAAAAUCAUAAUAUACUUUAAGAAAUGUUUUAAACUGAGGUCAGAGAGUUUGUUUUGCCGGUUGUUGAUGAAUAACGAGUUAUCACAACGCAGUUAAAAGAAGUUACGUCACAGGAAAAUAAGUGUAUGUCAUCUUCAUCAUCAGUGCCCGAACCUGCGAACACGAUAUAGGCUACGGAUUCACGAGCUCGGGAUUGCGACACAACCAUUCACAUUUAUGAGGAUUAAUGCAGCUGCAUCGAUCCGGGCUACAAUAACUUGGACGUGCGCUUGAGAAAGUAUCUUUUUCUAGAUUGCCAAACGUCCAGCGUGCAGAACCCUCAUCUCCAGCUUGCAAGGCCGCGACUGUCCAGUCAGGUCAAUGGUCAUCUGCAAAAUGAUGCCAGCCGGCCACCUGCCCUACGUGCCAACCCUGCUCUCCCUGAGCGCCCUGCUGCUGUCCCCGCUGCUCACCGGCUCUAUGGCCUUAUCUCCACCAAAGUUUACGAAAGUACCUGUAGACAUGAUUGCCGUCUCUGGAGAUGUCGUGUCCUUCGUAUGCCAAGCCACAGGUGACCCUAAACCAAGAGUAACAUGGGGCGAGAAAGGGAAGAGGGUCAACUCUCAGCGGACCAAGACGAUAGAGUUUGAUGAAGGAGCAGGUGCAGUUUUGAGGAUCCAGCCAAUCGGAGUGCCUCGAGACGAGACCAUCUACGAAUGCGUGGCAGAGAACAGCGAGGGGAAAAUCAGUGCCCAAGCUAAGCUGUCAAUAAUUACAGAGGACGUGCUUCCGGCAGGCUUCCCCAAAAUCCACAAAGGUCCACAGCUCAAGGUAGUGCAGCUGACUGAUAUGGCCAUUAUGUGGUGCACCGCCAGCGGGAACCCAAAACCAGAAAUCACCUGGUUUAAAGACUUCCUUCCCAUCGACCUCAACACGAGCAACGGCCGGAUCAAACAGCUUAAAUCAGGUGCCCUUCAGAUAAAAAAUGCAGAAGAAACCGACCAGGGAAAGUACGAAUGCGUGGCGUCUAACGUAGAAGGUGUCCAAUACUCUAAAGCUUCCAACCUGUAUGUGGCACCUCUGACCUUUGCUCGCAAUGUGCCACCUCGUUUCUCCAUCCUGCCCACCAGCCACGAGAUCAUGCCAGGAGGAAGUGUCAACAUCACUUGCGUUGCAGUGGGCUCGCCAAUGCCCUACGUCAAGUGGAUGCUAAGCUCGGAGGACCUGACGCCCGAGGAAGAGAUGCCAGUGGGCAGGAAUGUCCUAGAGCUACACGACGUCCAAAAGUCAGCCAACUAUACCUGUGUGGCCAUGAGCGGCUUGGCCAUCAUCGAAGCUGUGGCCCAGAUCAUUGUCAUGUGUAAGACUCAAUCAAGCCCUCAAGCCUUGCCAAAACCUCCAGGUACACCUGUCGUAACGGAAACCACCUCAACCAGUAUCACUAUCACUUGGGACCGUGGCAACCCUGAGACAGUUUCCUAUUACAUGAUCCAAUAUCGUGCCAAGUCUCCAGAGAGCAAAUUUGAGACUGUGGAGUCCAUCACCACCACUCGCUACAGUAUCGGAGGACUUUCUCCAAACACAGACUAUGAGAUCCGUGUGUCAGCCUUCAACACCAUUGGCCAAGGGCCACCCAGUGAACCAGUUGAGGCUAGAACUGGCGAGCAAGCUCCUGCUAGUCCCCCAAGAAAUAUCCAGGCCCGCAUUAUCUCGCAGAACACCAUGAUGGUGCGUUGGGAUGAACCGGAGAAGCCCAACGGGCAGAUUAAGGGUUAUCGGGUGUACUACACCAUGGACCCGUCAGAAGUUAAGAGCAUGUGGCAAAUCCAUAAUGUUCAGGACAGUGUGAUCACCACCAUACAGAGUCUGGAGCCCUUGAGGACUUGCACCAUCAGAGUACUGGCCUUCACGUCUGUAGGAGACGGACCCUUCUCGGAUCCCAUCCACGUCAAGGUGCUUCAAGGAGUUCCUGGACAGCCAAGCAACUUUCAGGUUGGGGAGGUGUCGGACACCAGCGUUCAGCUUACAUGGGAACCUGCCUUUGAGAAAGAAGGGAUCAUCAGUUAUGAACUUUAUUACAAAGAGGGGAUACAAGGACCUGAGGUAAAGACAACUUUCGGCCCACCCUCUUCCCACGUGGUGGAGGGCUUACGUGCGAAUACAGAGUACUACUUCUCCCUGGCCGCUGUCUCCAACAAGGGGAUCGGUGCCUUCACCAACGAAAUAUCCCAAAGGACAUCCCAAGCCAGUGUGUUUGGUGAUAAAGUAAAGUCAGUGUCAGUGAUGGAGGGAGAUUCUGUUACUCUACACACUUAUACCGACAUACUGAGAUAUAAUCUGAUCGAGUGGUGGUUUGGAGAUCAACAGUAUCUCAUAGCUAGAAUCAACAGGGAAGCCAAUUCACCCAGAAUAUAUGAUGAUGUUCUUGAUGGGAGAUUCAAAGACAGACUGAAGCUGAACACUGAGACUGGAGAUCUCACCAUCAAAAACUUCAAAGCUCAACACAUUGGACAUUAUAAACUAGAGAUGUUUAGCGAGAAGAUUACAACAAAAACAUUCAGCAUUAGUGUGUUUGGUGAUGAAGUGAAGUCAGUGUCAGUGAUGGAGGGAGAUUCUCUUACUCUACACACUGAUACUAAACUACAGACAGAUGAUCUGAUACUAUGGAGGUUUGGAGAUCAACGGGAUCGCAUAGCUAAACUCAACAAGGAGGCCAAUACAAUCAGAAUAUACGCUGAUGUUCUUGAUGGGAGAUUCAGAAGCAGACUGAAGCUGAACACUGAGACUGGAGAUCUCACCAUCAUAAACAUCACAACUCAACACACUGGGGAUUAUAAACUAGAGAUCAACGGAGAGAAGAUUAUAAAAAAGACAUUCAGUGUUCGUGUGUCUGUAGAUACAGAUAAACGGAAGGCAGUGAUGUUGGGAGAUUCUGUCACUGCACACGAUGUUGCCAAUAUAAAAGCCAAUUGAAAAGAGUCAGAAGAGAUGAACAAACCUUUGAGGACUUGAAGCCCUGCAGCAGUGAUAUUUCUUAAAUGUUAUCAACAUUACAAACUCAUCAACAUUAUUAGCCACAUUAUAAAAUGUAUAGGUGAUAUGAUUCACCAUAUAGAGUUUACAGCUUACUGUAUUUAUAAGCUAUACAGUAUAUUACCCAAAAAUGCCAAUAGUACCAUCAUGUUGAGAUCAAAUCCAAGUUUUCUAAAGCAGUGAUUCCCAACCUCUUUUAACCCUAAGUACCCCCACAGCCCUAUCAGAAAGCUCAAUGACUAAACUAAAGAUGAAUAAUUAGCAAUAAUCAAUUUGAAGCAUUAAAUUAAAUUAUCACUGACUGAUGAAGCAUGUUUAUUUGUCUUGAGGUUUAAAUCGACGAUAGACCUUAAAUAGAUCAGAGCUCAGUCUGUGAUGCGACAAUGUUGAGAAAGUUGAAUUUUAUGCAAAUCAUAAGUGAAGCAGUGGACUUCACGUCAUCCGUCUCUCAUCAUUUAAAGGUUAUGACAGGUUUUGUCCUAAAAUGCUGUUAUGAGUGAGUAGCACUAUUGUCUUACGCCUUUUUACAGUAAGACGUAGAGAGAGAGAGGGGUGAAUAAAGAGAGAUUGUGAAUAAAGAGACAAUAUUCACUGGCCUAUCAAUAUUUCUAUAUUAUUUUUACUUCAGUAUUGAUGUAGUUUUAUAUUAUCAGUUUGUUGUAUUCAUGUUAUAUUUGCUAAAUAAAAGCCUCUGCUAAA